AUGAAGGGGUUCUGGACAUCUCUGGCCCCUCUCCUGGAGUUGCUGACCUUUUGCCAGAGCCUCGUGCAGAUGGUGCUCCCACCGGAGCUCCGGUUCGCCUCCCUCAAGUUCCUGAACCGGGCCCUCAACUUUUUCUCCUCCUACUGCUCCUACGACAUCAUCGAGAUCGACGGUGCGAACACCAAUGAGCUCUACAACGACGUCCAGCUCUACCUCGGCUCCUUCGUCCGCACCUCCGCCAGCCGCCUCUCCCUUAGUCGCGCCCUCAACUCCAGCGCCACCACUUUCGGCCUCUCCAAAAACGACUGCAUGAACGACGUCUUUGACGGCGUUGCUGUCCAGUGGGAGCACGUGGUCGUGCAGCGCCGGUCCCGUACCUUCUCGUGGCGUCCCCUCCCCUACGAGAAGCGCAGCUUCACACUCUGGAUCAGGAAGCCCGACAAGAACCUCGUCCUCGACUCCUACCUGGACUACAUCAUGAAUAAGGCCAAGGACAUCCGUCGCAAGAGCCAAGAACGCCUCUUUUAUAUUAAUUCGUGCAGCGGGUCGCUCGAUUCCCGGAGCCACCAGUGGGAAUCGGUGCCCUUCAAGCACUCGAGCACCUUCGACACGUUGGCCAUGGACCCGGAGAGGAAGAGGGACAUCAUGGAGGACCUCCGCGACUUCGCAGCUGGGCAGGCCUUUUAUCAGCGGACCGGCCGGGCCUGGACACGGGGCUACCUGCUCUACGGCCUGCCCGGGACGGGGAAAUCGAGCAUGAUCGCUGCGAUGGCCAAUUUCCUUGGCUAUGACAUCUACAACCUCAAGCUGACAGAGGUGCACUCCGACUUCGAGCUCCAGAAGCUCCUGAUGAAGGCCAGCUCCAAGUCCAUCACCGUCAUCGAGGACAUCGACUGCUCAGUCAAUCCGUCAAACAAGUCGAAAGCAACACAGGCCGCCAUGCCCCGGAGCUACUACAACCCCAGGGCGCCUGACGCAGCCUGCGGCGGUAAGGACAGGAACAGCAACACGAUGAUCCUCACAGGGAUCCUCAACUUCACCAAUGGCCUGUCGUCGUGCUGCGGGAGCGAGAGGAUCUUCGUGUUCACCACCAACCACAUCGACAAGCUCGACCCAGCAUUACUCCGCCAGAUGGACAUGCACAUCUACAUGACUUACUGCUCGUACCCGGCGCUCAAGAUCCUGCUCCGGAACUAUCUGGGCAGUGAGGCUGAAGACCUUGGCGAGGUGGCGACGAGUGAGCUCCCGGAGGCGGUCGAGAAGGCCAAGAUGACGCCAGCGGACAUAAGCAAAGUCCUGCUCAAGAACUGGAGGAACAAGGAGAAAGCAGUGAGCGAGUUGCUGGAGGUCUUGAAGGCGAGAGCAAAGCGGAACGAGAGGCACGGAGGGUUAAGAGAGUACGAGCUGAACGGGGUGGAGGAAGAGGAAGAGGAGGAGCAAGAGAAGAGGGUUCUGGCAGGAAGCCAUUGGAAGGGCGAUUCUAGCAGGGAACUAGACGAUGAUGAAGCAGAAAUGCUUAUGUGA